AUGUUCUCUUCCUCGGCAUUGGGUGGCUCGAUCUGUCUCAGAUGCCAAAUCCGCGCCGUUUCCCGUCGAGCACCUCCGCUGCUCGCCGCGGCGCAGAUCCGCGGUAGACGACGACAAUAUGCGUCCGACUCAACGAACUCUCGGCCGGGAGACGCCAGGCCUGCAGCGGAAAUAAGAGAGCAGGGUCGCGAAAGGGAACAGAGGCUUGACGGAUCUCGUCAGCCUCACCCGGAUGAGACCUCCAAUUCUAGCGUCACUGAGAAAAGCUUGUCCGACACAUACGCUUCGAUUGUUAAGGAUGCUCUUGACCUACCUGACGGGACUGAAACUGGAAGCCACAUCCUUAGCGAUAUCGAGAGAACCUCCGAGCAGCAUCAGGACUCACGAGCCAAUACCGACCUCCUAGAAAGGACACUCAAAAGCGAGUCCGAAUACAGAACAAGAGACAGGAAGGAUCAAGGGGAAUUGUUCUUCGGCGAAUCCCGGCAGCAAAACCUCUCCAUGAAGACUAGGACCCUGGCAAAGCGGAAAUGUCCUCAUUGUCGAAAAGUUUUCCAGACGGCGGCAAGCUGUGAGGCUCACCUCAGGCAGGGCUGUGCGUCAAUCAAACAAAGGGACCUCAAAUGUUCAAAAUGCGGGGAUACCUUUGCCACGAAGCAGCUGUUGCAUCGCCAUACGGCGAAACGCCUGUGCCCUGCAGAGGUGGGACCCGAGGAGCUGGCUGCGAACCAGGAAGCCCAGAAGAUGGAGGACGUCCUCGAGCAGGCUGCGGCGAAAUUCUCUAGAAAUUCAAACCACACAACCUCUAGCAGAGGAAAGCCCGCUUUAGCCGAAGAUUGGAGCCUUCCUCGACGUCAGGAGCCUGUGGAGGAAUAUCAUCAGACUGCUGCAGCUGAUCAUGGGCCCAGCACGUCUGCUGGACAAGAUCACAACGCGGACAUGGAAGCUGCCCUUCAACCCGACCCUGCAACAACCAACAAGGAGCGUGGCCCAGCGGUGACAAAGGCUGCCAUUCAAGAGGAGCCUGCUAUAGAUCAGUACAAGGGAGACGAGCAGUCGACAGAGGAGGGCUCGGAUGAUUUCCAGAACCGCAAAAUCGUGCGUAUCACUAGGGGUCGGAAGAGAGAACAUAGAAGGGGUCGCAUGAUGUUGAUAGAGGAUGCCUCGAGACUUGGCAUUGAGACACUUGGUAAGGAAGCUGAGGUAAUUGUCCUGAGGGAUGGUCGGCAAUGGGAAAGAAGGGCGUCUCCUCUCGAAGCCAGCUCGGGGGAAAUAGUGGAUGCCGGCAUGAAGUUCGAGGAUUUUCUGGAUGAACAGGGCAUCGUCAGUCUGGAUGACGUUGUGCAAAACAUCCAUGGACUGAAACCGAAACGCCAGAUCGUUUCUGGGCGGGAGUUCAAGUCCUUGUUCAAUACGCUGUUGAGUGGUUUUACGGCUCUCCAGCUCGAGAAGUAUGUGUUCUGGUAUCGUGAACAGCCAAUUUUGAAAGCGAUCAAAGAUGAGGUCUUUAGCGAGACCUCCGGCGGAGCACAAGUAAUGCCAGAGGACAUACUCGACAAACAUCGGCAAUAUACCUGGAUGACAGAGCAGACACCUUGGAUUCCUGCCGUGGACGGUGCUGUAGAAGAGGCACAAUAUCCCUUGACAGGAUACAUAAUGAAGUCGAUGCCGCCAAAGCAGAGACUGGUCAUCCAGCUCAUGCGGGAAUGUUGGGACCUAUCAAUGCAGGAGCUCCUGGAUGGUAAUGGCCGCGUUGAUAUCCAAGUGCGCGAUCUGGAAUUCAAACUCCUUACUCUCGGCAAUCAGCGCUGGCUGAAGCGCAUAUCGCACAUUUUCUUGAAGGAGGGACAGCACAUCGAAGUUAGGCGUUCCAGCAACCUCGUUCGCAUACAAGCUCCCAAAGCCGUUGCUGAGACCUGUGUGCAUGCGCUUGAUGAGACACUAAAGAAGGCCAAGACAAAGUCCUUCAAUCUGGAUCAGGUUCCCUUGCAACAACGCCUUGAUGCUGGAAUAUUUGAAGAACUCGGGAGAAUCACGAACUCGGUCGUCGAAUAUGACCGCCUGAAAGAAGUGAUUCACGUUACCUGGAUCGACAUCAGGGAUGAAAAAUCCCAGACCACACUCGAGAAUUCAGGAGAAGUCGUUUUCCGCCUACUUCUGACCGCUCAUACACCCGUCAGAACAUCGAACAGCCUCACAGUCUACCCUGAUGAUGUUGAAGGUGGAGGCAGGGUUGUCGAGGACCACAGCAACAAGGAGAAGUUGCCAUGGAUGGACCGGCGUAGGGAGUGGGCUCGGCUUUGUCUACCGCUCACACCAAAGCAGCCUCGCGCAGCGACAUCGUGGUCGCUAACGACUGAUGUGCUGAAAUUCAAAAUUCAGCCUGCGGGGGAAGAUCUCGUUCUGCCGACUUCAGAAUUCCAGGAAAAGAUCGACGCAUUCUACCAGACUGUGAAACCGAUAGGACUACCCAGAUCAGAAAAGGAACAGUCGGAAGAGCAGUCGGAAGAACAGGCACAGGAGCAGGCACAGGAGCAGGCACAGGAACAAGAACAAGCACAAGAACAGGAACAAGAACAAGCACAAGAACAGCGUUCGAAGCAAGAUUCAGAGUUGGAAGCUGUUAAAGCCACUCCAUCUGGAUGGAAACCAUUCAAAAUCACGACUCACGCAGCGUUCGGGCAUGUUCUGCACCUCAAUGAACCCAAGCUGGCUCAGAAGAUCGCUCGACCAAGUAUCUCAACCAGUCUGGCCAGCUGGCCGAGAACAUUCGUCCCUCUGAUACCCCCGGUGGCUCAAAUGGACCUACCUGGAUGGGUCCCAUACGACGGAAUCAAGGACAGGCCAUCCACCAUUCUCAUGCGCUUCACUCCGUACUCUGAGGAAGCUGAAUACUCGGACCAUCCCACCAUCUACACCAACAAAGCACCCCCAUUGGAGCUGCGCCUCCUCGCCAACGACCACGACGUCGUAGCAAUCCAGUCCCUCCGCGCCAUGAACGAGACCAGCAUCUCCGACAUUCUCCUCCCCGGCGAGCACGUCGACAUCCGCACGACGCAGCGCCAGUACGCCGAGCUCCCUGCAGAGAACAUCGACGCCACCGCGGGCAUGGAGCCCCUGCAGGAGUUCCUCCACAACUCGCGCCUGGAGCCCGCCAAGGGCCAGCUUGUGACGCCCCCGCGGCUGCACAACUUGGGGCUGCCGCGGUGGCUGAUAGCGCCGCGGCCGCAACGGCCGCUCCCUUACUCGGCCGAGGGCAACGAGCUGCGCCGGGCGUCGUACGUGUUCGCGGGGCUCGAGGUGCACCGCGCGCUGGAGACGACGUACGACGGGUGGAAGCUCGUGUACACGAGCAUCGAGGCGGGCCAGGGCGGCGGGCGCCGCGCCGAGCUAAGCCUCGAGGCCGUGCCGGGCUACGACAGGGACCUGCGCAGGACCAGGGGGGCCAUCAACGCCACGUUCUUCCUGCGGUCCAUGUACCAGCUCGCGAGGGGCCAGGCAGGACACCUCGUGCGGAGGCCCAGCGACGAGGAGCAGGUCAGGACGACCAUCUCGUGGGUUCGGUGA